AUGUACGUAUGCGGCACAUGGACUCUUGACGUAAAAGAACAAACACAAGGAAUCAUCGAGAACAUCCAAUCGAUCCUAUCGGAAGCAGGCGCAGAUUUGAGUCAUGUUAUCGAUGUGACUGUAUUCCUCACCGAUAUGACGCACUACAAGGGCAUGAACGAAAUUUACAAUAAGUUCUUCGACCGUGAUACUGGACCCACACGCACGUGUGUGGCCGUGAAAGAACUGCCCCACCCUAAUCUGCUGAUCGAGAUCAAAGCUCAAGCUCUCGCACCCGUUCAAAGCUCUUAA